GUCAACUAGACGUGCCUUUUCAUUCCGCCAACCGAGAGAAGUAACGAUGUUUCAGCUUUUCUUUUUCGUUUUAUUCACCCCUGGACUUAGUAAAUUGCUUUGCACAUCAUCAGACCUAGAAAUAUCAUACACCUUUUGUGAUUCUGUAGUUCAGACCUUCAUAUUUAAUAUAACACCUUGCACCAUGGUGAAUAAACCAAUCUGGAAUGUUGCUCUUACCUGGAUUCCACGAAACGACAUCACCUUUUUGAAGGUAGUCUUUAAAGUCUUGUAUGAUGGUGCCAAAGCGUUAGACUGGAAAGAAGUUCUUUGUAGCGGAGCCGACGAUGAAUAUGCUGUUUGUGGAACGUUGAAAGGAGAAACAGUUGCAACAACAUUUGAUAUUAAAGGUGCACGAACAACAUUUCCACAGGGAAAAUAUACUAUUAUUAUACACGGAUUCGCUGAUGAUUCUGAAAAGAAUAUGCUCGUAUGCCUAAAUUUCACCAUGACAGUAAAACAAGAAGCUCUCUGAAUGCGACAAAUGUUACCAGUAAUUCCAGAACACUGAGAUUCCUUCUGCAAGCAAUUGGGAUCUGAUCUAUGAAUUAAUAAGCACACUAAUUAUCCUGGGAUAGAAUACAGCACGUACUGGAUGGAAGCUUACAUGAUGGAUAGUCUUAUCCAUUUAUAGCACUGCUAUAAUCAGAUGCUCAGCCAAUGUGCACAAAAUCUCUGGGAAUCAGGCCUGCUGAUUAAUCCUGAGAAUGAUCCUGAAUGGAUGUCAGAUUAAUAACUGCCUUUCGAUGCUGUGCCGUGAGUUAUGAAAAAGCUGAGUACUUCAGACUGCACUAAACUAAUACAAGAAUUUUUUGAAAUUCUGAGCUGCAAGAAUUGGGUAUUUGCCAGUACUCAGUUUAAAACAUGACAGCAUUUGAAUCUAGAAUCCUGUUUUUCCUUUUAACAGUAAAGCUCUAGCUGUGAGACCAACUUGAGAAAGGGUUUUUAUGCUCCUGUUGUUUUCUAUUAUCUUUAUAGGUUCCCUUAUCUUCUCCUCCAUUUUUGCCAUCAUGAAAGAAAAGAGUAACAAUUUCUCAUCUAUCAUGAGCUAAUG